AUGAAUUAAAAUGCAAAUGAAUCACCUAAAAACUAAAUGAAAAAUGAAGAAUAAAAUUUCAAAAAUUAAAAUUUGAUAUAAAAUACCACUUUACCUUAACCAAGAAACUCUAUCUAUAAAUGCAGUACCUUAUAUAAAAUGACAGAAACACUAAAGGCAGCUUCAAAAUCAUUAAAGGAUGGUAAGUUUAUAUUUGACAACAUAGUGAACUUUGGUUUCAUCUAAAAGUUUUUUGGAGAAAACAUAGAGGAUGAAAAUAUGGCUGUUUAGCUUUGUAGAUAAAUGGGAUGCGAGGAAUUUAAAAAAGGAGUUUGCAUAAUGAAACAAGGUGAUGAGUCUAAUGAUAAACUGUAUGUAAUCAUUAAAGGAAAGGUAGGAAUAGUUAUAGCAAAGGAUACUAAUAUUUUUAAGAAGGUUAAAUUGUCAGAGAGAAGAGAAAGGACAAUAAGCUUAGAUUUAGAUUAUUAAGAUAUUUAAUAAGUGGUUGACCUAUACGGUACAAAAGUCAAUGAGCUCUCAAAAGGAGACGGGUUUGGAGAAAAAGCUUUGCUUCUAAAGCCUUAAGAUGCAAAAAGAAAUGCUACUAUUAUAGCUUUAGAAGAUACUACUUGUAUUACUGUAUUGAGAAAUGAUUUUUUAAAAAUAUUAGAAAAUUUUAAUAAAGAAAAUUAACUUAAAGAGCAGCUUCUAUACGCUUAAAUGCCUUUUUUAAAAUUAAUAACAUCUACAAGUACAAAAGAAGCUUUGAUGCUUUAUUUUAAGAACCAGUCAACUACUAGGGGGAAGUGUUUAACUGAGGAAGGUAAGCAAGGUGAAGAUAUAUUUAUUUUAUAGUAAGGUAAAGUAGUCAUAGAAAAAAAAUUUAAGAACUGUAAUAAUAUUUACUAUUCUGAGUAUUAAUCAGUUAAGCUUACAGAAAUCUCUGAACCAACUUUUUUGGGUGAGGAAAUACUUUUUAUUGACUAAGAAAUACAGGAAGUAUUAAGUAGCAGUAAUAAUAAUAAACGUGGCAAAAACCGUCAAAAAAAUUUAAGUAAUAGUGACUUAGAAAAUCAAAAAAACUUAUCUCAAUCAACUGAAGAUCUCACUCAAUAAAGCUAUAAGUAUACUAUAAGAGUAGAUUCAUUAUUGUGUAAAUUCCUAAUCAUUUCAAAGCAUUUCUUUUUAACUAAGUUUCCAAAAGAAAUUCUUUUAGAAAUAAAGUAAAAUUAUAUCAAAAAAGAGUAAAUAAGAUAAAAGGUUUUUAAUUAGAUGAAGGACCAUAAAGCAGCAAUUUCAAAUAUUGCUAAGUAUAACAUUGAACCAACAUUCCAUAUGAUGAAUGCCAUAUCUAACAAAGAUAUUUUUUCUUAAAUGUAACCUUAAAUGAUUGAAAGUUACAAUAAAACACUUCUUAAAAAGUAAGAAAUUAUAGAGAGUAAUAUUCAUAAAUAAAAAAUUGAUAAUAUCGAAGAAGAAUUCAGAAGUGUUUAUAGGCCAGAUUAAGAGAAAAAAACUGAAAUUAUCGAAAAGAAAAAGGUGCUCUUAUAAUAAAAAUUAAAGUAAUAAAAUCGUUAAAAAUCAGAAGAGAAAUAGCACAGAGACUCAUUAAACCAAAGACCCCAAAGCAAUCCAUCGUCUUAACGUUCUAGUCCUUUAUAGUCUCCAAGAAGCAAUAGAAGUCCAAGAUAUAGCACCACCUCUCAAGAAGAAAGAAUAAAAAAAAGAGUAUUAUCAAGCCAUUCAAAAAAUGAAAGUGUGUUGACAGAAUGCUAAACACCUUUGGAGAAACUAAAAUAGAAAAAAAAUAAUGAUGGAUCACUUAACAUUGUAGAACUAGCUUAAAAUUUGAAAUAUAACAAAAUUUAAAUUGAUGAGGUAUCUGUUACAGACAUAAUGGGAGAAAACUACGAUAUCUAUGAAAAUCUUGAGGCUAGUAGAUUACUUACAAUAAAAUCUUAACAGUCAAAAGAAAAGUAAAUGCAAAUAGAGCAGUUGAAAGAAGAGUACGAGACUAAAAAGGUUCAGCAAAUUUUUCAAAAGAUCUAAAAAGGAGAAGUUUAGAAUUUAGAUUUAGGUUAUUUGAAUUCUUUUAAAAAGUAACAACAUUACAAGCUUGUUCAGCUAGGAAAAUUGAAAGUAGAAACAAAAAGCAAUAUCAAAAAUACAAUAAAUUCUUUGAAACUAAGUUAGGAUUUAAAAUAAAAGAUAAUUAAGAUGAAAAAUAAACAAAAAGAAGAUCUCCAGCAGGAAACAUCUAAUCUAAUUUAGAAUAUGUCCUACUUAACACCUUCAAGUUAGUUGACAAAAAAAUAUUAAAACUUUUUAUUUUCAUCAGAUGUUUCUAAUUGUGACAACUUUUCAGAAUAUAUAAGCAGCAUUAACAAAUCCAAUCGUCAAUUAUCAAGUGCAUUUUCAAACAAAAGCAGGAUUAGCUAUUCCCCAUAGCAAAAUUCAAACAGAAGUUCCUUUACAUUAGCAGUAUUCAAUCAUUUAUCAGAUAGUUAAAAAGAUUCAGUUAAAACAAGUGAAACACCUAGAUAAAAUUAGCCUGACUUAGAAGGGUUAAAUCAGCUGAUAAAUAGCUCUCUAAAUAAAGCAAAGACACUGAAUUCAGUAUUACAAAAUCCUAAAAUACAAUUUUCCGCAUAUCCAAGGACAUCAAUAUUUUCUAGGGAUUUAAAAUCGAGAUAAGUUAUAAGAGCUUAAUCAUAAUCGAGUAUCAAAAGGCCAGCAACUUCUAUAAAUUAGAAAGAUUCUUUAAACACUAUUUUAACCAAAGACACUAUGCUUGAAAGCCCAACUCGAACUGAAGAAUAUAGUUUAUUCUUUUAAACAAAUACGUCUAAUUAGAAUUAUAAAAACACUGAAGAGUCUAUCAAUAACACACAAUAAUCUCCUUUUCUUAUCAAAACAAAUAGCUCAAAUUCACACCGUUUUACCUUUGAAAAUAUGGGGUUAUUUAAAGGCGAUAAAAUUAACAACUAGCAAUCACAGGGUGGCUAUUUUUAACCAUAGCUUAAACAUACCCGUUAAGUCUCUUGUUUAACACAGAUUGGAUAGUCGAGCCCAUCUUAAUAAAAUUUUUAUACUACAACUAUAAAAGAAAAGGAAUAAAAAAUAGCAUAAUCUCCAACUAUACUCAAUAAAAAAAGAUUGCCAUUAACUUAAAGCAGUUAAUUUAAGCAUAAUGACUUUUUAGCUUUGAAAUUUAAGUAAAGAUAAUAGCUACAUCGCAGUCACGAAUAAUUAAAGAAAAAUUAAUAGCUUAUUAACUAAAAUUCUAACAGUAGUAAAAUUAACCAAUUACAAAACGAAUACAUAUUAAUUACUAAAUGA